UCUACUUUCCACGUGCGAAAGAUCCGAAAUCGCUCCUUGCCGGCUGUUUCAAAGACGACUUCGUCGCGAUUUCGUAAGGCCUCUUCGCGAUCUAGAGCCGUCUUCAUUAUUCUCUUCGAGCGAAUUCUCGAACACAUCCUCAAACGAUCUGGUGAGCGACCGUGUCAGGGUGCAGUGGAUAAGGACCUCGGUUUAGGAAGGAUCACAUCUUACACACUUUAUCCGAGAAACGCAACAUCCUUUCAAGUAAAUCUCAGGGAAUCUCACACGCAGGAUGUGUUCUGAAUGUCUUCAGAAGACAUGAUGUUAUUUGAACAACAAAUGUUACUUGAAGGUCCAUGUAUGGGAUUCUUAGCAAAAAUAAAAAUCGGAAUGUAAGUCGAAUAAAUGAAUAUCUUUGCGAAAAUACGGGGAUUAGGACAAUUUAUGAAGGAGGUCGCUCCCCCAACGCUUGCGAGGCUUCGCAGCCCCAUUUCGCAGCCGCCGCAUCGCGGCGAAGUGAAACUGGUGAACAGAGCCUGAGGAGGGAGGAUAAGAAAGUUAAAUUGUUUAUUAUGCGCUGGAAUCGAGACGAACUUUCGUCCACAUCGAUUUCUUUAGAUAAUGAUUCCCGUGGCGACGGGAAUAUAAAUCAAAUAACACAUAACGGCGUAUAUUUUUGAAUAUGUGUUUAUAAAUACAGCAGCAAACAGAUUGAGACGAACUUGAAAUUAAAUUUAUCACGGAAUAAAUUGCGAGAACGAUUUCCUAACACCAAUUGAAAAUGUCGGACGUUGAAGGCGAUGACGAGUUUCAAGAUGCUCAGGAAUCAUUACCACAACUCGCGUCUAUGGAUUUGGAUACAGCGAUAAUGGAAGCGAAAAAGGCGAUUCACUGUUUCUUUAACAACGACUUCGAUGAAGCGAAAAAAAUCAUGGAACCAUGGGCGGAUAGCAGCAUGUACCAUUCUCUAGGGACUAGCGUAUUCGCGUUCCUGGAGGCGAUUCUUACAUUCGAACAAAAACACAUCGUGAAGGCAUCAGAGAAAUUGAAACAGUGUAUGAGCGUGUGUUCCAAACACCGAAAGCACAUCAGUAUUACGCAGAACAUUGGGAAAAUAGUCAAGAAGAUUAACUACGACACUUACACGAACGAGGAGGUGCAUGCGGAACUCUGUUAUGCCGAGUCGCUCCUUUUAAAAUCGAUGCUCACAUUUGUGGAAGAUGAAACUCUGGUCAGCUUUGUCAAGGCAGGACUGAAAAUUCGUACCUGUUUUCUAUCGUACAAAGAAUGCAUGACGAUCUUGAAAAAUCGGAAGUGGGAAAACGACAUUCAUAAAGUACAUUUCGAGAGUGGUGUUCGCAUGGGCAUCGGCGCGUUCAAUUUGAUGAUCUCAUUAUUACCAGCGCGUAUUAUUAGAUUGUUAGAGUUUAUCGGAUUCUCCGGCGAUAAGGAAUAUGGUUUAAUGGAAUUAAAAGCAGGUUACGAUGAAAGAAGAGGAUUGCGACAAAUCCUAUGUGUAAUGACUCUGUUGUCCUAUAAUUUGAUAGUCUGCAUUGUGUUAAGUCACUCGGACGGCGAUCUAGAGUGGUGUGAGCAAGUAUUGGAACAGGAAUUGAGCCUCUAUCCGAACGGUGUAUGGUUCCUGUUUUUCAAGGGAAGACUAGAAUUCACGCGAGGGAAUUUCGAGGAAUGCAUAGACUGGUACAUAAAGUCGUGGAAGAGUCAGAAUGUUUGGCCACAGUUUCAUCAUAUCUGUUAUUGGGAAUUAAUGUGGACGCACUGUUCGCUACAGCAGUGGAGUAAUGCGGCCACGUAUGCCACGAUGUUGGUAAAUGAGUCCAAUUGGUCACGCACUAUCUACUUGUAUCAAAAGGCUGCAAUCCUGCUUAUGCAGAAACCGACGAUUUGGAGUGAGGAGAAACAGCUGGUCGACAACCUAAUGAUGCUGGCACCGACCUACAAACAGCGUAUUGCUGGCAAGUCGCUACCGAUGGAAAAGUUUAUAAUCUCAAAGACCCAACGUUAUUUCGCACAAAAGAAGUACUUAGUCCUGCCCGUGUUUGAGCUUAUGUACGUAUGGAAUCUGUUCAGGAUAGUAGGCAAACGGCAAGACCUGUUGUUAAAUGUAUUCAAGAGGAUAGAAGAAGAGGAGAAGGAACUUCAAACAGUCUCGAAAAGUAAUUAUGAUGCAGACAACAAAGCACUCCUAUUGCUAUUGAAAGGCGCUUGUCUACGACAAAUGCAACAUCCUUUACUAGCGGAGGAAUGUCUGCGACAAGUUUUACAAUUGGAAAAGUCUGUCAAAGAGGACACGUACUUAUUUCCCUAUGCCACAGUGGAAUUAGCGUUAUUGGCGGGAGAUCAGGGUGAUAUUCAACUGGCUAUAGGCUUUUUGGAAGACGCUAAAAAAAACUAUACGGGCUACUUAUUAGAAUCUAGAUUGCACUUUAGAAUACACUCGGAUUUAAUGGUAUUGACCGGCAAGAACAACAAUCAUACAAUGAAGAAGCACAGGAACGAUCAUCUGCUGGAAACGGCUAUUGCUGCCAAUAAUAGCGUUAUUAUCGCCGGUCCAAGUGCCGACAAAAUUAAGACAUAAAAACAUUGUAAAGCAUAUCGGUAAUUUACUUAACUUUAUGUAAAUUCUUCCGUAUCUUCCUAAACAAUAUAUUAUAUAACAAUAUAUUAUACGUAUGACGAGGACUCUUUUUAAAAAUAAACUGGGCAAUUGUUUUUAUAACUCUUCUCUAAUAUCGAAUGGCCUUGCGUGAAACUUUCGUCUGACUCUCUGUAGAGUCCAAGGAAUUUAUCACACCUCUUUCAAAGAUUGGGCACAUUUUCUAGCGCUUAAUAUUAACGUAUAAAUUAUUUUCUUUCACAAGGAGGACAACGAUUUAUUAACAUAUAAAAAUAAUAUUUUGUA